GAUAAUGUCUUCGUCCAGCUGAUUUGCACAAUUCAGUAUCGUGUUGUAAAGGAAAAUGCUGAUGAUGCAUUCUAUGAGUUGCAGAAUCCCCAACAGCAAAUUCAGGCCUAUGUCUUCGACGUUGUUCGGGCCAUAGUUCCAAGAAUGAAUCUGGACGAUCUUUUCGAGCAAAAGAAUGAUGUGGCAAAAGCUGUACUGGAGGAGCUUGAAAAGGUGAUGGCAGAUUAUGGUUACAGCAUUGAGCACAUCCUCAUGGUUGAUAUCAUCCCUGAUGCUGCUGUGCGCAAAGCAAUGAAUGAUAUAAACGCAGCCCAAAGGCUUCAGCUGGCAAGCGUCUACAAAGGAGAAGCAGAGAAGAUUCUUCUGGUGAAGAAGGCCGAAGCAGAAGCAGAGGCGAAAUAUCUCUCUGGCGUUGGCAUUGCCAAGCAACGGCAAGCUAUAACCGACGGCCUCAGGGAGAACAUCCUGAACUUCUCGCACUCGGUGUCGGGCACUAGCGCCAAGGAAGUCAUGGACCUGAUCAUGGUCACACAGUACUUUGACACCAUCAAGGAGCUCGGGGACGGCUCGAAGAACACCACAGUGUUCAUCCCCCACGGCCCGGGCCACGUGAAGGACAUCAGCGAGCAGAUCCGGGAUGGCAUGAUGCAAGCCUCAAGCAGCAACGUGUAAAUCACUUUUUACAUGUGUGCGUACGAACGCUUCAGUUCGGGAUGAGUCUUGAGCUAAUCUGUUUAUAGUAUCAUUAUUAGGUUGUUAGUGGUAAAUAACGAGUGCUAGGACUUUCGGCUUGGCAUCUGGAGUUGUAUGUGGCCCUGAAACUAGUGUGAAUGAAUUUUUGUACGACAUAAUGUUCAGGCCGUACGUAUUUUUGCAUGUUCUUUCUAGCUAGUCAUAUCGUGUCUGCCCUUUUAGACAAUGUAUAAAGUGUGGUUGAACUGAUUAUACACGGGUGUGAAUUUUUAUCUGUGCAGACUGCAGAAUGCAAGAGCAUUAAGGUUGGAA